AUGGUUUCGAAACUGCGUCGGCUCAUCGCCGACCAUGCAGAUCUCCGCAACAACGAACUCCCACCAAACUACCUCUUCUGCGCAACAGAUAACCAACACUCUGACGAUCUGAGUCAAUUGGUUGUAAUGCUUGCAGGACCUCAUGGCACUCCAUACUCAGCCGGGUUGUGGCGGUUACAGCUUCGCAUCCCUGAUGAUUAUCCUGCUAGCCCACCCAAAGCAGCUUUCAGGACGCGAAUCUGGCAUCCCAAUGUUGAGCAGUCGACAGGCGCAGUGUGUGUGGAUACCCUCAAGAGAGACUGGGAGUCUAAGUUAACAUUGCGCGAUAUCCUUGUGACCAUAUCUUGCCUACUUAUCCACCCUAACCCAGACUCGGCCUUGAACGCUAUGGCAGGAUCCCUGCUCCAGGAUGACUACAACGAAUUCGCCCGCCAGGCACGCUUGAUGACGUCGCUACACGCACCAAUACCAUUUGCCAUGAAAGCUGCCGUUCUACAAGCCAAGCAGCGAGGAGAAGAUCCUGAGAUGGCAGCGAGAAUCGAGAAAGACCCUGAAUUCCGAGAAUGGCGACAAGUGGUAAAGGAGAAAGCGUCCCUGGUCAUGAAGAAGAGGUUCUUGCCAUCAUCUCAAACUAAUGCGGACGAAGAUAUGGAGGAUGUCGAGGACGACUACAAGGAGAACGAUGCAUCGCUAUCGCCCGAGUUGGGUGCUGCUUUACCCACUAGCCAUACUACUACUAGACGGAGAGGAUUGGCUAAACGGCCGCUGUCCGUGCUCCCAAUCACACAAUUUUUGGAUACAGACUUGGUCAUGCUUGACUCUACGUCUGACGACGAGGGCAUGCCGGACGAUGGCAUGACUGCAUCGGAGCGAAACAUUGCCGCCAACACUGAUUCAUCAAACUCCUCCUCCCCUUCAUCUCAAAACUCGUCGAUAUUCUCCACUCACACUCCCCGACAGCAAACUUCCUUUUCUUCUCAGCCAUUUCCCAGUCUGCACAACAACAGCAACGACUCCACCUCAAACUCUUUAGCAAUUUACGAGGAUAACGUCGAAAUCGACAGUCUCCAGGCCCUUGUCAACAGCCAUAACAGUAACCACAGCCGCCGUCCCACUUACGGCAAGGAGAACAUGGCUGGCUCCUUCUCCUCACUACCAAAGGGAUUGUCAAUCUCGUCACUAUCAUCGACGGACACUUCACCCUACUCCACUCCAACAGGCGUCUUCAUGAAGCCAAUCAGCGCAUCCUCAUCCUCAUCAUCUUUACCGUCGUCAACAGCAGCGACAAAACCCCUCUCACCGACAAAGGUCACGAAACCAGCUUACAAUAGCAACAACAGCGGCAGCACUCGCAAAGGCAUGCCCUCGAAAGGGAAGCCUAGACUCGGCCUGCGGCGACUCUGA